GAGAUAAAACCACGUAAAAUAUACCGUUAAAUUCUCACCUCUCCUUACUCUUUUGUCUCUUCUUCACUCUCACUCACAAUCUCUAUUAUAACCAUCUUUCUAGGGUUUCAGAUCCCCCCAAAACGAUCCCCUAGAGCUUUUCGAUCCGACCCAUGGAACCACUUGCCAAUGACAGUGGCGUGAGGGGUGAGGUUGACACGUCAGCACCGUUUGAGUCGGUUAAAGAGGCCGUGACCCGGUUCGGUGGAGUUGGGUUCUGGAAGCCCCAUCAGAAGCAGCAGCAGCAGCAUGUUCGUCAUUCUGAGAAUGGAACUGAAGAAGAAUUUAAUGCUGCUAAAGCUGAAGAGCAGGCUGUGCGGUUGGCAAACGAACUCAUGAUGAAAGAAAGGGAAACGCUACAAGUCUUGAAAGAACUCGAAGCCACAAAAACCACUGUUGAAGAGUUAAAACUCAAACUACUGAAAGAAUCUGCUACAGUCAACGAUCACGUACCAAGAGAGGGAAAUGACAACAAUACCCUUGACCCCCAAUCAGCUGGUGACAACUUGAUGUGCCCUUCUUCAUCUCCAGGUUUCAUCUUGAUGGAAUUGAAGCAGGCGAAACUCAACUUAACAAGAACAACAAGUGAUCUUGCUGACAUCAGAUCGACUGUUGAAACGUAUAACAAAUUGAUCGAGAAAGAAAGAUUGGAACUUGAGAAAACCCGUCAACGAUUAUCUUCAAAUUGUUCAAAAAUUUCGUAUUUCGAAAAAGACGUUGACUUUCCGAGGGAGAUCCAUAGGUUGACUUCUGAAACAGAGGAGUUCAAAAGGGUUGGGGAGGUAGCAAAAUCACAAGUUUUAAAAGCAAUGGAUCAAAUCAAACAAACAAAAAGAAAUAUAAAAACAGCCGAAAUUCGUCUUCUUGCUGCUAGAAAGUUGAAGGAAGCUGCUAGAGCGAGUGAAGCGCUUGUGCGAUCAGAAAUAAACUCAAUGUCAAAAAGUCAAACUUUAUCCGAACACGAAGGGGUCACUCUUUCGCUUGAUGAAUACUCAUGUUUAAAACAGAAAGCUCGAGAGGCAGAUGAGGCUUUAGUUAGAAAAGUCAACGAAUCAGUGGUCAAAGUCAACGAAUCCGAGUUGUCAAAAUCAGAGAUGUUGACUAGGGUAGAGAAAGCAGCAGAAGAAGCGAAGAAUAGUAAGACGAUUCUAGAAGAAGCUUUGAGUAAAGUAGAAACCGCUAAUAAGGAGAAACUAAAAGCUGAAGAAGCUCUAAGGAAAUGGCGAUCGGAUCAUGGUCAAAGAAGAAAGUCAACUGUUCAAAACUUGACCAAGUUCAAGAACUCUUCAUGCAGGACCAACAGCACUCGUUUGCUGGACGUAAACGGGGUUCAUUUGGGAACUAACACGCCUGGCCCGGUUUUGAGGCAAACGAUGUCAAUCGGGCAGAUUUUGAGCCGGAAGUUGCUUUUGACAGAAGAGUAUUCCGGCAAAAGCAAUACGAAAAGGAAGGUUUCUUUGGCACAAAUGUUGGGUAAACCUAAUGACGGCGGUGGUGGUGACGGUGGGAAACGGCGAUCAGGAAAGAGAAAGAAGUUCGGGUUCGGUAAGAUUUCGUUUCUGGGAGCAAAGCCGAGCAAGAAGAAGAAGAAGAAACAUAGCGUAAGUUCGCGACUUUCAUGCACCGCGGAUUAGAAAGUUUAACGUGUUAUAAGAUGUGUCUAGGAUGUUAUUGUAUAAUGAAGUUAUAACUUAAUCGUCUUUGAAUGUUAUGUCUCAAAAGUAGAUGUUGUACAUUGUUUAAUGUAGUAGUAUAGAGACUUCACUAAGUUAAGUAAAAUGCUACUUAAUUA